GAACUGAAGGGGGCGCUAUUCCUAUGCUCACUUGCAAACGCUGUAGAAGAAAAAAGUCGUCGAUUGAAACUAUGGGAAAUGGAAAACACACAGAGUCAACAAAAGUUACACAUGUCCAUUUGUAAUGCCCAGAGAGGAGAGAGUUUAAAACCCUGCAGCAAGGAUGACAAAUACAGAUGUCCCCUUUGCUCUUACGCUGCCGAGGAGUCGUACAAGGUGGAGAUGCAUAUUGCAAAUACGGCUAUGGUUCUUCAUAAUGAAUUCUGUAUCUUCAAAUGUUGUCUGCCGUGUGCCAGGAAACCUCACUUUCAUUGCCCAUAUUGUUCAUUAACCUUCGCAAGAAGAGACCGGUUUGUAAGUCAUUUGGUGAGUCACACAAUGACUAUCAACUUGCCGUCCAGCUGUGUAUCAGCAGAGCUGCCUGUCCAGCCACCAACAACCAUGAACCAGACAGCCUCCACAGCAUGGCUAAUUAUCCAGGCAGCAGAAAUCAACAACCAGGCAGCAAUAGCUGCACAGCAAUUUUUCCAGACAGCGACCCUAACACCGUUACCUGUGCAGGCAGCUGCAACCAACAGCCAGGCAGCCAAAGUUGCACAGUUACCCAUCCAGACAGAAGCAGAAACACUGCUGCUUGUGCAGGCAGCCACAGCAGCACAGCUACCUCACCAGCCAGCAGCAACCAACAGCCUGGCUGCCACAGAGGCUCAAUCACCUGUCCAGAUGAAAAAGGCAAGCUCAAGGUCCAAGGAUAUAAUUACAUGUGAAAUCUGCAAUCUGCGCUUAAAGAAAAAGAAUGCUCGACUUCAUUUGAAAAGAAAACACCAGGAGAAUGCAGAUCCAGUCGCCAGCUACCAUCAUUUAAAGAGCCAGUGUGUGGAUGCCAAAAGAGGUGUGUUUGCUGUUGAGAAAUCCUUUAAUGGUCCACCGGAGCCUGUGCAUGUUAUAAAAUAUACCUCGUCACUGGGUCACAGGUUAGAAUGCGAGCUUGACAGGUGUAAUGCGAAUGCUCAGUUUGCCAAUCGGAUUGGGAUCCAGCGUUUUGAGUGUGAACAUAUCCAGUCGCUACCAUUUUGCCCCUGUGCCACCGAGUUAGAAGGAUGUCUUUCUGAGUCUAGCCUCGAUGUUCUGGUUGAGAACUUCCUGUUCAGUCAGCAGCGAAAAGAGGAUCUUUUAAAGAAACUGCAGGAAGCAACCAAAAAUGAUGCACCUUUGUCUGUCCUCCUUACUGUCGGUGGAACAGAAACUACAUUUCACGUGUCAGUCUUUGAACCAAAAACAACAUUUGUUAGUGGCAGGGUGAUAGUUACCCAUGACAGCAAGACAAGCACCUGGCAUUGCCCCUGCAUAGAUGGGAAGUUUUCCUGUACACACAAGGCUACAGCAAAGUGGCAUCUAUUUGAGAAAAUGCCCAAAAUGUUUGAAACCGCAAAAAUUCCAAAGGAAGACUUUACGUGUGAUGAAGCUGAGGACAUUGGAUCAAUCACUGAUGAAGCAGCUGAAAGGAUGAUCAAAUAUUUGAUUUCACACAAGAAAAUCCCUGCUCAGCUUCCUGAAACACUGGUCACCAGCAGCAGAGAUGCCAAGGCCCUCAGCGGGUUCCCCAAACAUCUGAUUCCAUCAGAGGACGCAUGCACGGAGUGUGGACAGCACGCGCUUGGUGAACCCCAGCUAAUAUCUGCAACAGCAAAAAUCCUGACUUUAUCUGGUUUAGUUACAGGUAUAUCAACGUACAGGAAGACUUGCCUGAACUGUGACAUGGUGUAUCGCUACCAAGACUGGCAAGAUGGUGUCCACAAUUUUGAUGACCACUUGCUACUGUCGAUACAUUUGUGCCUUUUGUUGAGGAAUGCGCUGCAGACGCACACCUCUGUCGGCCGUAUCAUUGAAAUAAUCGAACUUACGGAGAGGGAAAGUUUUCCUAACAAGGAUCGGAUCCUGCAGGCAUAUUUAUCAUUUGAGGGUCUAACUGACCAUGACUACCUGUAUGCGUGUGAUUCAUGUGGGUAUCACCCAGCUGUAGUAGUCAUGGGCGUCCAUAAUGAAGGUGUUUUCAGCCUACCAGUCAGUGAAAUACCAAAUCCACCGCAGAACUACAAUGGAGAAGUGAAUGCACACUCCUUUUGGGAAGCCGUGACCAUGGAAGUAAUUAGCCAUGGACUUUAUCCACCCGGCUGCAGGAAUCCUUUUGUUGUGGAACCUACUUACCACAACUGGUCCCCCUGGAUUGGACCGCAGACAAGACACUCCGACAUUCUGUUAAACACAGAGAGCGAGAAAGUCUGCAUGCCUGAUUUGAGCGAUGGCGUGGACCAGUAUCUGACAAAAGAACAGCUUGCAGAUGAAGUUCUCAAUUUAAAGCUAUCUGAGAUCAAGAAACUGUGCAAGAAAUGUGGCAUUGACGGCAGAGGUUCAAAGUUGGACCUUGUGCGUCGUCUGCGGGAUGAGAUGGAUUCUUCAGCAAUCUACAACCAAGUAUUUAAAAAACUCAGGGGUGCCUCUGGUGGGUGGGCUGUCAUCACUUGUCCCUGUGGAGUGGUAUAUUCACUAAAGUUCAACCUGAGAGCUGAGAGACCAAGUGACUUUGCAGAUCUGCUUCUAUCCUGGAAGAUUUUUCCAAACAUCACUGUGUAUGACAACGCCAGCGGACUAGUAAGCCACAUAAACGAGCGCUGCCCUCAGGAUACACCGUUUGCCAUCCAUGAAGGCACGCUGCUUGAUCACACAGCAGAAAACAUCAGACAAGCUGCUGAGCACAAUCUUAAAGUGAACUUACCCUGGUUAAAGCGCAGAAAACAACCAGAAGACGUUGGAGGGCAUCCUGUAACGGGCUCCGCUGAGCACUACUGCUUGAGUGACAAUUUCCACCAAAGCAACAACAAACAAAACAGUGACAUAUUAAGGCACAUUGAAAUAGUUCCUGAACUUGCAGAAACAUUGAAUAGCCAGUGUGCAGAGCAGCUCUUUGCAGACAUGAGAAAAAACAACUAUUUCCUAAACAGGCUCACCCUGUCUGCCCAUAUGUUUCUGCAAAGAAAUAUCAUGCACAACUACAAUGUCAGGAAGAACACAAGAGCAAAGGAAUACAUGUAGAAAUGUUCAUGGCCUACCAUGCAGCUCAUUAUUUUUGUUUACUCACGUUUUCUCGUUAAAGAUUUGUGAUGGCAGCUCAGAAACUUAACCAUCGUGAAUUUACAUUAAAAUCUGAAGGUGGAUUGGCGAAUGUAAAUAUUUCAAAUCCGAUUUCUACGAGAGGAAAAAAAAGAGGCAGGAAGAGGGGGUGAUGCUAAUGUUUUUAUACCAGUUUGUAAAAUAUUUAUUGUGACUUUACAUGUUCAGCUGAAAGCAGAUAAUGUGUUUUUUCAUGCUGUUUGGUUAAAGCAGAUCAUCUAACAAACACAAACUCUGGCCUCCUCCAGAUCCUCCACCAGGGGGCAGAAGACGUAUUUGGGGCAAAGUUUACUUUUUUGCUGUUUUGCUUGUUGUAUCUUGGUUGGUUGUUAGUUUUUUAAAUUACGUUUUAGUUCAAUGGUCUGCUAUUAUAUUAGGUUUGACUUGUAUAAUGUAUAUUAUCCAUACACUUUUUUAUUUCUCAGGAUCUGUGUUGCCUCAAGUGAUUUUGCAGCUCAUUAUAGUAGCUUCAGUCAGUGAAUGAUGAAUCUUUUUCUUCAGUGUAGAAUUUCACAUUGCUGGUAAAGCACAGUUUUGAAUUAUUUUCCUCAUUUCCAAUAAACAAAAGAUGAAACAUCACAACUUUUUUAAAAUGUUUGAUUUAUACUGGAUAAAUAUCAUUGAGAAAUAAAAUAUUGUUUUUAAAAUUCAAUUCAGUUAUUUUAUACAGUAUCUAGGGCUGGGCGAUAUGGCCUAAAAUUAAUAUCACGAUAUAUUGAGGAUUUCACCUCGAUAACGAUAAAUGGACGAUAACUACAGGUAUGUACAGAAACAAAAGCUGUCCACUAGAUGGAGCUGUCUCACGUAUUAUUUUAAAUCACAUUUUUACGUGACUCAAGGUGGUACAGCUUCUUAAAGGGAUAAGAAUGUUGCCAACCUACACGUUUUUUUUAAAUUAUCAAAUUUAUUGACAUGGGGAAAACUCAACAAGUCAAAUUUCGAGAACGAUACAUUUUUGAUUUAUUACGCAGCCCUAAUAGCACUAAAUCACAACAACAGUGGUCUCAAGGUACAAAGUACACAUUCCAAUUUAACCUACUUAUCAGUGCAUUGAGUUGAGUUCAUUGUUCAACUUAGUCAAGUGUUCUAGAAAACUCGGCAAAUUGCAUUGUCAGUGACUUUACAGCAGUCUUUCAAAAGAGAUCUGUUACAAACAAUAAAUAAAAUCCAUCCAUUUAUUGUCCUCCACUUACCCGGGGUAGGGUUGCAGGGGCAGCCGUAUCCCAAGCCACUUGGGCCAGCUCCUCCAGAGGAAU